AUGGACCACGAAAACAUGGAAGAAGAAUAGUAAACUAUUAAAAUAACUAAUUAAAUACCUAAUAUAUUAAUAACUGGAACUCCAGGUGUUGGUAAAACAACAAUUGCGCGUUUAUUAUGUGAAUAUGUAGAUUAAUUAACAUAUAUAAAUUUAGGUGAUUUAGUUCGAGAAAAAAAAUUAUAUAAGAAAUGGGAUGUUCUUUUUGAUGUUCCAAUUUUUGAUGAAGAUAUGGUAUGUGAUGAACUUGAAGUUUUAAUGUAAAAAGGAGGUAUUGUAAUAGAUUUCCAUACUUCUGGAUUUUUUCCGUAAAGAUGGUUUGAUUUAGUUAUUUUAUUAAGAUGUAAUAAUACAGAUUUAUAUGAUAGAUUAAAGGCUAGAGGGUAUAAUGAUAAAAAAAUAACUGAAAAUAUUGAAUGCGAAAUAUUAGAGGUAACUAGUCAAGAGGUUUACGAAAGUUAUGAUAAGGAUAUUAUUGUGGAACUUUAUAAUGAAAAAAAUAAUGAUUAACAUAUAUUAUGUUUAGGUUUAGAUAAUUCUGGAAAAUCAUCUUUAAUUAACCGUUUAAAAACUGGUUAUUGUCCCUUUUAGGAACCCACCCGUAACAUAAAAGUAUCUUCAGUAGAAUUUAACGGCUAAAAUCAUACUAUAUAUGAAAUCGGCGGGAGCAAAGAAAACCGUGAAAUAUGGCAGGAAUACAUUUAAAAUACUCGGGGUUUAAUUUAUGUAAUUGACGGGAAAGAUAAUGAAAGAUUUUCAGAAUAAAGAUAAUAUUUAUAAUAAAUUUUAGAGAAUUCUAAAUUAUAAGAAGUUCCUUUAUUAAUAUAUGUAAAUAAAAUAAGUUAAUAAUAGCCAGAUUUAAAAGGAAUUAUUAAAGAGUUAAAUUUACACGAGAUUUAAGAUCGGGAAUUGUUUAUUUAAGGUUGUGAUAUUUAAAGUGGAGUGGGUGUAAAUGUUGGAUUCGAUUGGAUUUCAAAGGCUAUUUAAGGGAAAAAACAGUUUUGUUUUGAAGCAGAACCUCGUGUAAUAAAAGGAAGAGGAAAAUUUUAAAAAGAAUAGGAAGAAAAUAGCAGUAAGUCUUAGUAAACUUUUGCACUUUUAAUGCAGGAUAAAAAAGUAAAAAUGAUGAAUCCGGUUUAAUAAGAAUAGGAGUAUGUUAGAUUGGAAAAGGAAAGAAUAAAAAUCGAAAAUAUGAACUUUUAAUUAAUUAAUUUUAAAAAAAAUAAAAAAAAAAUGGCACCAUAUGAUAUUAAACCAUCGCCUAAUCCUAAAAUAGAUGUCAAUUUAGAGUUUUUUUUAACAGAUAAUAUUAAUACUAUACCAUAAAUUUAGACUGAAAUAGAUUGCUAAACAGAUGAUUUCUUACCUCUACCAACUUCUUCUAAAUAUAUUCCCAAAAAAACAGGUAUCGAUGCUUCUACUUAAGUGGAAGAUUAUGAAUUAUUUGAUUUUAAUAGAGAAGUUACACCUAUUGUUGAUAUUAUAGUUACAAAAACAAUGGAAUAGUCCAUGCUAGAAAUAGAAUAAGAUGAAGAAAUAAUUCGAAUAUUGUAAAAAUGUUCCGACAGUAUUUUCUAUGCAUAUUUAAAAUUUUUGGAAGGUAGUCUAGAAGAAUGGACUUAAAAUUAUAAUACUAGGAUUAAUACUUUGAAUGAAUAAUUAGAUAAUAAUGAAAUUACUGAAGAAUAAAAAACUAAUAUUAUAAAUGAUGAAUUUCCUUUGGUUUCUUCUACUUAUUUUGGUAUCAAUGUUAAUAAAAUGAAAAAAAUAGGGUUUUCUUUAGCUCAUUCUUAAUACUAUAAUACUUUAAAGAAGGACAAAUUUUUUAAUUUAGAUGUACUUGUAAUGCAUAAAGACGGUCGAAUAUUACAUAGAAUAAAUCCUUAAAAUCCUCGUAUAGAAAAAUACAUUAGAUAUAAAAAGGACAUUAGAGACAUUAAAAAAAAAAUAGCUGAUGAUGAUUUUGUAGUUAUAGAUUUUCAAAAAGUACCCUCAGACGUAUGGGGCUUUUUAGUUUUUGUAAAAAUGCCUAAUUUAAAUUUAUUAGACAGUCUAAAGGAAAACGAAAUUUUAAAAUUCAGUCGUACAGGUGUAUAAGAAUACUAAUAUUCAAUAAAUGUAGAUAAUUUUGAUAUUUUAGAUAUUGCAAAAAUAGAGGAUAUGAUCAGAUAGCCAGAAAAUGAUGAAUAGGGAAACAUUUAAAACGGAUAUUUAAUGAGUUAUGUAUUAACGAAAAGAUAAAAUUCCGGAGGAUGGUUUUUGGAAACUAUUAAAUAAACUUCGAAAGGUUUUUUUACAGAAAACGAGGAAAAUGAGUAUAUUAUUUGGGGAAUAGAAUUUUAUAUAAAUGGAAAAAAAUUAGAAAAAAUUAAAUAGUUGAAAAAAUGCAUAAAUAUUACUUCCUUAGAGGUCAGAGCUAAACCAGAACCGAUUCCAGAAAAAGAAGAAAAUAUAGAAGAUGAAAAUAAUGAUGAAAGAGAAGAAAAUAAUGAUGAAAAUGAAUAAUAAUAAGAAGAUUGA